AUGGAUAGCAACCCUCCUCCUGCGAGCUUGCCUCAACAAGAACAAUCUUCUGCUUCUUCUCCUUCUGCUUUGCAAGUGCCUUCGUCUCACGAGUCGUCUUCGUCUCCGAGGACGCUGAGAUCACCGGGUGGAUCGUCGUCGGGUCAGCACACCAGCAGGAGGCACGCCACGUUCCGGGGAAUCCGGAGCCGAAGUGGAAAAUGGGUGUCCGAGAUACGGGAGCCUCGUAAAACCACGCGCAUUUGGCUGGGCACGUAUCCGACUCCGGAGAUGGCUGCCGCCGCGUAUGAUGUGCCGCACUUGCAUUGAAAGGCCCUGACACCACCCUCAACUUCCCCAAUUUGAUUCUCUCCUACCCGAUCCCGGCGUCAUUGUCUGCGACGGAUAUUCGGGCGGCAGCGUCGGCAGCUGCAGAGGCCAGGCUGGUCAGGUCUGCGGAAACCGCCGGACAAAGCGCUGGAGGAG